UGGCCUUGGUUCGUCUCCACGCCCCCCCAUUCCUUUCCCUGCCCUGCUGCCCACCCACAUCUCCACCUCCACCCUCCACCCUCCCUCUCUCCAUCCACUCCACCGGCGCAUCGGGUGUCUCCGUCUCCGUCCGUCCGGCCGCCGUACGUGGUGUUCUUUCUUCCUGAGCCGGCGACAUGGCCGCCGCUGCUGCUGCUCCUGCAGGCGGCGACGACGCGGUCGCCGCCGACAUCAUCUGCUCGCUGCGCGGGGCCGACCUGGCCGGGUGGACGCCGCCGUGGAGCAAGCGCGCGAGGCCGAUGGAGGACGCGAGGGAGCUGUCCUGGCCGGCCAUGGCGCGCGGGAAGCGCUCGCAGCGCCGCUCUCCGGCGUCGUCGUCCGCGGCGGCGGGGGGUAAGAAGGCGAGGUGCGCCCGGUCCAGCCCGGCCUCGCCGCUCGACUACAGCGCCGGCUCCGCCUCCCUCCGCUCCGGCGCCUCCACCAGCGGCGGCGAGGACGGCGCCUUCUGCUCCCCCUGGCACCGCCGCGCGGCCACCGCGCCGGCGACGACGAUGACGAAGGUGGGCUCCAUCGGACGGCCACAGUUGACCUUCCAGGCCCCGCCUCCGCGGCCCGCCGGCCAGAGGCAACGGAAGAAAAUGAGGCUGCCGGAGGUCCAACAGCUGGUGCGGUCGCUCGCCGUGGAGAACGAGAGCCUACACGAGGAGAUGCGGGCUCUGCAGAGGGCUUGCUCCGCGCUGUCAAAAGAAAAUGACAAGCUUGAGACAAGAAUAGAGCAAUCCAACUCACGGAAUGAAGCCACAUUGAAGGAGCACAAGGGAAAACAGCAGCUUGAUCAGCAGCAGCAGCAGUCCCCACAUGACAGCUUCGCGCUACCAGAUCUCAACCUUCCCGCACAGGACGGUGCCGAUGGGUCAGUCCACUGUUGAGAGCUCCAGACCACCGCGGCUUCGCUAACCGAAUAACAAAGUGUACAUAGAGGUAGCAGGCUUAGCUAGACAAGGAGGGGCACCGCACGGGAGUGCCAUCCAAAAAGAAAAGAAUGGCACUGGUUUCAUAAGUUUUUAGAAUUUGUAGCUAAACAAAACGACUAAUUUAGCUCAUCUGCUAAUUGUUUCUAUAUUUCAUAGAGCUGAGGGGUGGUACAGCUCAAACCGAGUCACGCCGUGUAGCCAAUUUAGAUGAGUUUAUUAUUCAUGUUACUUUGUUAUAAGUGAUGGAAAUGUUAUCUGUGCAGAUUUGGUUACAGUA